AUGCAUCCAUAGUGAACGAUAACUCUGUUCACAACCUCACGAACUUCGGUGAAGCUGUUAUUUAUGAAAUGAACCGAUUAGGAAUGUUGGUCGAUUUAUCGCAUGUAUCCCACAACGUUAUGAGACAUACGCUCUCAAUAACGAAGGCCCCUAUUAUAUUCUCCCAUUCAUCCGCUUUUAGCGUUUGUCACAAUUACCGUAAUGUUCCUGAUGAUGUUUUACUCAUGGUUAAAGCGAACAACGGCGUGGUAAUGGUGAACUUUUACUCAGGUUUUGUAAAUUGCAAUUCUUCAAGAAAAGCAACUAUCCACGAUGUCGUAGAUCACAUCAAUUACAUUCGUAAUCUUAUCGGAGCGGAUCACGUUGGUAUUGGUGCUGAUUUCGAUGGUGUACUAAGAAUGCCGGAGGGUUUGGAAGACGUAUCUAAAUAUCCAGAUCUAUUCGACCUGAUCUUCGAGAGUAACGUUGAACCACGAUGGACCAAAGAGGAACUUGAGAAAUUAGCUGGCAGAAAUUUGAUCCGUGUAUUCCAAGCUGUAGAAAACGUAAGAGAUACAUUGGCAAAGACAGAGUCACCACGACAGGAUAUCAUAGAUGUAAGAGAUGUCUCCGAAGCUGAAGUAAUUAGCCAUAUUCAACCAGGUUUAUGUCAGACCUCAAAAGAAUGGGACGACAUUAGAAAUAACAGUACAUCGCGACAAUAACACGACAUUUAUUUAAAGCAAAAAAUAAAAUGGCUCGAUAUUUUACAGGUAAAAUUUAUUUUCAUACGACACUCCAAUAUAUAAGAUCAAACU